AUGGCUCAGCCGGAGAGAUCCACUUUAAGGGUCUCAAACGUGCCGGAAUCCGCCAUAGCUCAAGACCUCUUAAACUUUCUUAACUCCAAAUUAGGCCCUGACUCCGUUUUCGCCAUCGAAAUCUUCACCGAGCGGAAGAACUGGAAGUCGCGCGGCUCCGGUCGCGUACAGUUCACCACACUGGAAGCGAAAGCCAAAGCCAUGUCCCUAUCUGUUCAAAACAGCCUCGUCUUCGGCACCCAAAACCUUAGAUUCUCUUUGAUCAACGAUGACAUUGUUGUGAGGCCAGUACAUGCCACAAACAGGACAGAGAAUGGGGUUUUGCAUGUGGGUUUUAUGCUGAAAGAGGAACGGAUGAGUGUUUUGGAAUCUUGGGAGGGUGUGAAAGCUUGGAUUAUGCCGGAGAGGAGAAGGAUUGAAUUCUGGAUAUGGCAUGAACAAGAGUGUUAUAAGCUUGAAGUUAUGUUUGAGGAAAUUCUGGAAACUACUGGGCAUUGUUUGGGAGAAGAGAAAUUGAAUGCACUUCUCUUAAAGCUCAAAUAUGCGCCAAGAAUAUAUAAAAAGAUUUCUGGAUCAAAUAUGGCUUCCAGAUUCAGCAGUACUCGCUACCGUCUUUGCAUAGAAGAUUAUGACUAUCUUUGGGUUCGAACAACAGAGUUUUCUCCUAUGAGAUCAGUAGGUCAGUCAACUUCCUUUUGUUGGGAAGUUGAAGAAGAUUUGCAGGCUUCAGAUAUUUUUUCCUGUUUCCCAUUUUACAAAGAAACCCAGAAAGAUAUUGUUUUAGAGGACGGCGAGGAAUUUUGCUCUACCUCAGAGAUUGUGCCUCUGAUUAAAUCUGGAUUAGGUUCUAAUCUAGCCUAUGAGGUUGAAUAUCAGCUCAAUUCUUUAGUUCAUAUGCAAAAAAUUAGCCUUUCUGCAGCCAACCAGGAUCUGAUUGACUUCCUUUGCACUUUAGAUAUCGAUACUGCUUUGAAUGUACUUCAAAGGUUACACCAGCUGAAGUUCGUUUGUUAUGAUCCCUUGUCGUUUCUAAAGACCCAAUUACAUGUUUACAAAAGGAACUGCAAAAGUCUUCCUCCGUCAUCUCAGAAGAGGUUGUCGAAUAACGUGAUGAAUUGUUAUAGAGUCCUUGUCACUCCAUCAAGAAUUUAUUGUUUGGGACCUGAGCUUGAAACUUCAAAUUAUGUUGUAAAAAACUUUUCAUCAUAUGCUUCAGAUUUUAUGAGGGUUACUUUUGUUGAAGAGGACUGGAGUAAGCUUCCUGCAGGUGCUGUUACCACAAGUAUACAGCGUGGCAUACUCUCGAAACCUUAUAGAACUGAGAUCUAUCAUCGAAUAAUGACUGUUCUUCGAGAUGGAAUUGUUAUUGGAGCCAAAAGGUUUGAGUUCUUGGCGUUCUCAGCUAGUCAGCUCCGAUCAAAUUCUGUUUGGAUGUUUGCUUCCAGUGACAAUUUGAAAGCAGAAGAAAUUAGACAGUGGAUGGGAUGCUUUGAAAAGAUUCGUAGUAUCUCCAAAUGUGCAGCUAGGAUGGGUCAAUUGUUCAGUUCCUCCACUCAAACUCUUGUUGUUCCUACACGAGAUGUUGAGAUUAUACCUGAUAUUGAAGUGAAUACUGACGGUAUUGACUACUGCUUCUCGGAUGGUAUAGGAAAGAUUUCACUUUCAUUCGCAAGGCAAGUAGCUGAUAAGUGUGGAGUGAAUCACAUCCCUUCAGCAUUUCAAAUUCGAUACGGUGGAUACAAAGGUGUCAUUGCUGUUGAUCGUAAUUCCUUCCGUAAACUAUCUUUGCGUGACAGCAUGCUUAAAUUUGAAUCGAAGAACAAGAUGCUCAACGUUACCAAGUGCUGUGACUCCAUGCCCUGCUAUUUGAAUCGAGAGAUUGCCACUCUUUUGUCAACUUUGGGAGUGAAGGAUGAAAGCUUCGAGGCAUUGCAGCAAGAACAACUACAUCUUCUGAAGAGAAUGCUGACUGAUAAAGAUGUUGCCUUGAAUGUCUUAGAAAAUUUUCAUGGGGCCGAUUCUAAUAACAUUCUGGUGCAGAUGUUAAACCACGGUUAUGAGCCAAAUAUCGAGCCUUAUCUCUCAAUGAUGCUUCAAGCACACUAUUGGAACUUGUUUUCUGAUUUAAGAAGCAGAUGUAGAAUAUUUGUUCCAAAGGGCAGGAUCCUCCUGGGCUGCUUGGAUGAAACUGGUAUUUUAAAUUAUGGUCAAGUGUAUGCCUGCAUAACCUUGACCAAAUCGGAGCUUCAGAGCAGGAAUCAGAACUACUUUCAUACGAUAGAUGAAACAAAAUCUAUACUGCUUGGAAAGGUAGUUGUUACAAAAAAUCCAUGUCUUCACCCAGGAGAUGUGAGGGUUCUUGAAGCCAUUUUCCAUGUAGAACUAGAGGAGAAGGGAUUGGUGGACUGUCUUAUAUUUCCUCAGAAAGGAGCAAGGCCACAUACUAAUGAAUGUUCGGGCGGUGAUCUUGAUGGAGAUUUAUAUUUCAUAAGUUGGGAUGAGAAUCUGAUUCCUCCCAAAACUGAAGCACCUAUGGACUAUACAGGACGAAGACCACGUAUAAUGGAUCACGAUGUAAAACUAGAGGAAAUUCAAAAGUUUUUUGUUGAUUAUAUGAUCAACGACACAUUAGGUGCCAUUUCUACUGCUCAUUUAGUUCAUGCUGACCGUGAACCGAAAAAAGCCCUAAGCGCAAAAUGUUUAGAGCUGGCAGCACUGCAUUCCAUGGCAGUCGAUUUUGCAAAAACCGGAGCACCAGCAGAGAUGCCUCGAGUUUUAAAACCGAGGGAGUUCCCAGAUUUCAUGGAGAGAUUUGAUAAGCCAAUGUACAUAUCCAGUAAUGUAUUAGGUAAACUCUACAGGGCUGCUGUUAAGUCCAUUGAGCAAGAAAGGUCAAGACUAGUAUGGUCAGAAGAGGCUGCUAGAGCAAUUUACGAUUAUGAUCUUGAAGUCGAUGGCUUCGAAGCAUUCCUUGAAAUAGCUGAAACUUACAAAGAAAUGUACAUCGAAAAAAUGAGCAUUUUGAUGAACUACUACGGUGCAGAGUAUGAAGAUGAGAUAUUGAUGGGCGAUCUUCGAAGUCGAGCAUCUUAUCUACAACGUGACAAUCGCAAGUACGGCGAUAUGAAGGAUCGGAUUUUGCUUUCGGUAAAGAACCUACGUAAGGAAGUCAAAGAAUGGUUCGAGAAUAGCUGCGACCCACUCAAUCGCAGGAUGAUGGCUUCUGCAUGGUAUCAUGUAACUUAUCAUCCUUCUUACUUCAAAGAAGACAUGUUCUACUUUAGCUUCCCAUGGGCUGUAUCUGAUGUUUUACUCAACAUAAAGGCAAUGAACUCCAAAAGACAUCAAGCAUAA